AUGGCAGCUCUCGCCAGCUCUCUCAUCAGACAGAAACGGGCGGUCAAGGACGACCAAGCCAACCGACCGGUAGCCAACAAGCGCAAACCCUGUCCGAAGAGCAACAAGUCCUUGUGCCAGAAACAGAUCCUAGUCCUGAUCUCCAAAGUACGACUAUGUGGGGGUCGAAAAGGUCGAAACGAAAAAAGACCCGAGCCCCAGCUGAAGGGCAUCGUUACCCGGCUGUACAGUCAACAUGGAUAUUACCUGCAGAUGCAACCAGAUGGCACCAUGGACGGCACAAGGGACGAAAGCAGCUCCUUCUCACAGUUCAACUUGAUUCCUGUGGGACUGAGGAUUGUGGCAAUCCAGGGUGCAAAGACAGGGCUAUACCUUGCCAUGAACAGUGAAGGAUACCUCUAUACCUCUGAGCACUUCACUCCGGAGUGUAAGUUCAAGGAGAGUGUGUUUGAGAACUACUACGUGACAUACUCCUCCAUGCUCUAUCGCCAGACCCAGUCAGGCCGCUCUUGGUAUAUUGGUAUCAACCGUGAUGGCCAGGUCAUGAAGGGCAACCGGGUUAAGAAGACCAAAGGAGCUGCACACUUCCUGCCUAAAGUUAUAGAGGUCGCCAUGUAUAAGGAGCCAUCGCUACAUGAGCUAGCCAAUGAACAGAGUCCUCCUCGGAAGACAGUGAAGACAUCCGACUCACCAUCCCUAAAGAAUGGAAGACAAGAAGCCCCAAAGGCUGAUGCCUCAUAG